UCCAGCCUCACCUCCUUGGGUGGAGUAGGCCGCGGCACUUCAGUCGGUGCCUGCUGGUUAGGCCACACCUCCAGGCAUGGAGUAGGCCUAGGCACAUCUGUUGGUGCCUGUUGCUUAGGCCUCACCUCCUCAGGGGGAGUAGGCCUGGGCACAUAUGUUGGUGCCCGCUGCUGAGGCCUCACCUCCUAAGAGGGAGUAAGCCUGGGCACAUCUUCUGUUAGAGCAGUUGUAGAAUGGGACCUUGACACAUACUUAGGAUCCAUGAUUGGCACUCGGCUUUUGCCUAGUUGAGAAGAAUGAAGAUAUGCUGAUUGUGCUUCUUUGGAUCCGGAAUAUAAGAGAAAAGAGAGCGAAUUUGAAGACUACAUCCCCUUAUAUAUUAAGAGGGCUGGACUAAGCUCAUUGGCCAGCAAACCUGACCAAAGGGUGUCAUACACGACUGGAGAAAGUUCAAGCUAGUCAGUGAAGACCAAGAAGCAAUACCUCCCAGCAAAAAGGAAAUCCUGCGGCAAAUGUCUUCACCUUACAAGUCACCAGGCAAGGAGGAAAAAGACUCGAAAGAAAAAUUCACUCGAAAGAUGAGCAUGCAAGAAUACGAACUGAUCAACGACAAAGAAGAUGAAAACUGUCUACAAAAGUAUCGCAAACAAUGCAUGCAGGACAUGCACCAGAGGUUGAGUUUUGGCCCUAAAUAUGGGUGCCUGUAUGAGCUAAGGAGUGGGGAUGAAUUUUUAGAAGCCAUAGAAAAAGAGCAUAAAAGCACUACAGUAAUAGUUCAUAUUUUUUCGGAUGAGAUCAAGGCCUGCGAGGCUCUGAAUAGUUGUCUGACCUGCCUGGCGUUAGAGUAUCCCACCGUGAAGUUCUGCAAAAUUAAGUCAGCUGACACAGGAGCCGGAGAACGGUUCUCUAAAGAAGUUCUCCCAACCAUACUGGUCUAUAAAGCGGGAGAACUUAUUAGUAACUUCAUAAGCGUUUCGGAAAACUUGAAUGAGGAAUUUUUUGCUGGGGAUGUGGAGGCUUUUCUCAAUGAAUACGGGCUAUUGCCCGAGCGGGAAAUCCAAGGCCUGGCAUGUGAUGACGGGGGAGGGGAUAUCGAAUAACAACAUACCUUAAAGUGUACCUGUCCUUAGCAAAAAUGUUUUAUAUAAUGUAGAUAAUACCUGUAUUACAAUAUGUAUAUUUGUAAUAUACAUUGGUUGAAAAAUUUGUAUAUUUUGGGUGAAAAAAUGCUGUCCCUGCAGCUACUGCCUGUGUGUGUCUAUAUGAGGAAACAAAAUACAGGAAGUGAGGGCGGGACAAGUAGGGAUCUGUGCAGGCUCCUGGCUUGUCAAUCAUCCUGCUGUGUGAGCCGGGGGGCGUCAUAGAGCCUCAGUAUUCAGAGCCCUGCUUGUCCUCGGUGCACAGAGCCCUGCUUGUCCUCGGUGCACAAAGCCCUGCUUGUCCUCGGUGCAGAGCCCUGCUUGCCUCGGUGCACAGAGCCCUGCUUGUCCUCGGUGUACAGAGCCCUGUUUAUCCUCGGUGUACAGAGCCCUGCUUGUUCUCAGUGUACAGAGCCCUGCUUUUUCUCAGUGUACAGAGCCCUGCUUGUCCUCAGUGUACAGAGCCCUGCUUGUCCUCAGUGUACAGAGCCCUGCUUGCUCUGUACAGGGCCCUGCAUGUCCUCGGUGCAUAGAGCCCUGCUUGUCCUUGGUGUACAGAGCGCUGCUUGUCCUUGGUGCACAGAGCCCUGUUUGUCCUUGGUUUACAGAGCCCUCCUUGUCCUUGGUGCACAGAGCCCUGCUUGUCCUCAGUGUACAGAGCCCUGCUUGUCCUUGGUGCACAGAGCCCUGCUUGUCCUCGGUGUACAGAGCCCUGCUUGUCCUCGGUGUACAGAGCCCUGCUUGUCUUCGGUGUACAGAGCCCUGCUUGUCCUUGGUGCACAGAGCCCUGCUUGUCCUCAGUGCACAGAGCCCUGCUUGUCCUCGGUGUACAGAGCCCUGCUUGUCCUCGGUGCACAGAGCCCUGCUUGUCCUCGGUGCACAGAGCCCUGCUUGUCCUCGGUGCACAGAGCCCUGCUUGUCCUCGGUGCACAGAGCCCUGCUUGUCCAACCUCACUUCCUGUAUUUAGACUCCUCACAGAGACACACAGGCAAUAGCUGCAGGGCUAAAAACAUACUUAUUUUUUAACGACUCUAUUACAAAUAUACAUAUAAUGUUAUUUUCUACAUUAUAUGAAAAGUUUUUGCUAAUGACAAGUACUUUGAAGUUAGGAGGCGUUCCUUUGCUCGGCCAUUUAUUUAUAAGGGAAUAUUAUAGGAAAAUUUUGGGAGUGGUGUGAAGCGUAUGUAUGGUUAUGUUAACCAAAGUAAACCAGGUUUCCUUAUAGUACUGGUUUAAUAUUACAAGUAGCCUCAAUAACUAAUAGGAUGUGAAGAGCUCUAGAAACCCUCACAACUAGCUCGGUCUUCCUAGCAAUACAGAACAACCCUAGUAGGAAACAGUUCCGAAAAUAAAGGUUACUAAAUGGUUACAUUUUGCAAUAUUUCUGUGUUUAUUCGUCUAGGUUUUA